AUGUCUGGGCAAACAACUUUCCGUCAGCUUAUUGGCGUACCAUCACACACUAGUAUAUCGCCAUCUGAUUCCGUCCUGCUUAUUAUCGAUGCUCAAAAUGAAUAUGCUGAAGGUAAACUUAAAGUCAAAAAUGUUGAUACAAGUCGUGCUGUAAUUGCCGAUCUAUUGAAAAAAUAUCGUACUGCAAAAUCGGAUAUUAUUCAUAUUGUUCAUGAUACACCUGAUGGCGCACCGGUCUUUACACCUGGUACAUCAUUACCAGAAAUAUUUGCAGAACUAACUCCGCAAGCCAAUGAGGAAGUUAUUCAUAAAAAAUUUCCAUCGUCAUUUACUGGUACGAAUUUGCAAACGUCAUUGGAAAAGAUCGGUAAAAAACAAAUUGCACUCUGUGGAUAUAUGGCUCAUGUUUGUGUAACGGGAACGGCACGUUCAGGAAUGGAACAUGGUUAUGAUGUUGUUGUGGUAAAAGACGCAGUUGGCGAUCGAGAUAUUCCAGGUGCAAAAGGCGAAGAGCUAGUUAAUAUUGUAAUGACGGAACUGAAUGAUGCGAUUGCAACAAUAGUGGAGAAUAAAGAUGUUAAAUGA